AUGGGGCUAAGAGCGGCCAGCCUCCUCCUCCUCUGGCUGGCUCUUUCCUCUGCUAAUGAAAUAAAAAAAGGAAGGACAAGAAGCCAUGGCCACUAUGUCUGCAGCACUUGGGGAAACAACCAUUUCAAAACUUUUGAUGGAGAUGUCUACCAAUUCCCUGGUGUUUGCGAGUAUAAUUUUGUUUCCGACUGCCGAGAGGCUUACAAGGAAUUCUCUGUCCACAUCCAGCGUGCUCUCAACAGCAAUGGCCAUCCUGAGAUCCAGUAUAUUCUGAUGAAAAUCAAGGAUAUAAUGGUCUACCUCAAACCCAACCUGGUUGUGGUGGAUGGGCGGAUUGUGAAGACACCAUACUACAGCUCUGGUGUCCUCAUUGAGAGCAAUGAAAUUUACACCAAGAUUUAUGCCAAAUUAGGCUUGAUUCUGAUGUGGAACCAGCAGGAUGCCCUGAUGGUGGAACUGGACAACAAAUUUAAUAACCAUACCUGUGGUCUCUGUGGGGAUUACAAUGGCAUUCAAAUCUACAAUGAGUUCAUCAAGGGAGAUGCAAGCUACAACUCAAUUACAUAUGGGAAUAUGCAAAAGAUCAGCAAACCCAAUGCCAAAUGUGAAGACCCAGAUGAAACUCAGGCUCUUCCAAGCUGUAAUGAGCAUCAUGACGAGUGUAUGAGGUUGCUGACUUCCCCUGCAUUUGCUGAUUGUCGGCUGCGUCUUAAUUUGGAAAUGUACAUCCAAGCCUGCAUGCAGGACAAGUGUGCCUGUAAUGGGAAGGACGACUCCUUUUGCCUCUGCAGUACCAUCUCCGAGUAUUCCCGCCAGUGCUCGCACGCAGGCGGCCGCCCGGGAGAAUGGAGGACACAGAACUUUUGCCCCAAGACCUGUCCUGCUACCAUGGUCUAUAGAGAAAGCAGCUCACCCUGCACGGAUACUUGCUCACACUUGCAGAUCAGCAGCCUUUGUGAGGAGCACUACAUGGAUGGCUGUUUCUGCCCUGAAGGAACUGUAUAUGAUGAUAUCAGUGAAAAAGGCUGCAUCCCUGUUAACCAGUGCCACUGCAAACUCAGUGGAAAGGCGUAUGCACCUGGAGAAAGCAUUUCCAAAGAAUGUGAAGAAUGCACCUGUAAUUCAGGCAGAUGGACCUGCAAAGAUCUACCCUGUCCAGGCACAUGCUCAGUGCAAGGAGGUUCCCAUUUUACCACUUUUGAUGGGAAGAAAUACACCUUCCAUGGAGACUGCUACUAUGUGUUGGCCAAGGCUAUUGCAAAUGAAAGUUAUGCUCUCCUGGCAGAGCUGGCUCCCUGUGGCUCCACAGACAAACAGACCUGCUUGAAGACUGUUGUGAUGUUAGUGGAUAAUAAAAAGAAUGUGGUGGUUUUCAGAUCAGACGGCAGCGUGCUCCUGAAUGAGAUGACAGUGAAUGUGCCUCAUGUGUCAACCAGCUUCUCAGUAUUCAAGCCAUCUUCCAACUACUUUAUUGUACAAACUCCUUUUGGGCUUCAGAUGCAGAUCCAGCUGUUUCGAGUCAUGCAGCUGUUUGUGACUGUGGAUCAAUCAGUUAAAGGAAAACUUCAAGGUCUUUGUGGAAACUUCAAUGGAAUGGAAGGUGAUGACUUCAGAACUACCAGCGGACUGAUUGAGGCUACAGGAUCUGCCUUUGCUAACACGUGGAAAGCUCAGUCCACCUGCACAGACCAAGUAGAAAAGCUGGAAGACCCCUGCAGUCUCAACAUUGAAAGUGCAAAUUAUGCUGAGCAUUGGUGUUCUUUGCUGAGAAAUCCAAUGGGUCCUUUUGCAAGAUGUCACUUAGCCAUUGAUCCUUCAGAAUACUAUAAGAAAUGUAAAUAUGACACCUGCCUCUGUGAAGACAAUGAAGAAUGUUUAUGUGCUGCCCUGUCCUCUUACUCAAGAGCCUGUGCUUUCAAAGGGAUCAUACUGGGAGGCUGGAGAAAGAGUGUCUGCAGUAAUGAAGCAUCUUCUUGCCCAGGAAAUCAAGUCUUCCUUUACAACCUUACAAUGUGCCAGCAAACCUGUCGCUCCCUUGCUGAUGGUGAAAAGUAUUGCUUGCAAGACUUUGCUCCUGUGGAUGGCUGUGGCUGCCCACCCAAUACAUACUUGGAUAACCAGGAUAACUGUGUGCCUAUCUCCCAGUGCCCAUGUUAUUACAAGGGAUCAUACCUGGAAUCUGGGGAAUAUUUCACAAAAGAUGGAGAACGCUGUGUUUGCCGAAAUGCAAAGAUCCAGUGUACUUCAGUGAAAAUAAGAAUGAAAAGUGAAAAAGAAUGUUCUUCUAGCAAGACAUACUUUGACUGCAAUGCAUCCUCAAAGUGGACUUCGCAAACACCUCUUCAACUUAGCUGUCAUACUCCUCAAACCGAUCAUUUCCAGACAGAGUGUGUCUCAGGCUGUGUGUGCCCUGAAGGUCUAUUUGAUGAUGGCAGAGGGGGCUGUGUUGAGCAAAAAGAUUGCCCGUGCAUUCACAACAAUGAGUGGUAUUCUUCUGGAGACAAGAUAAAAGUGGACUGCAACACCUGCACCUGCCAGAAAGGAGUUUGGAAAUGCACUGAUGACGUGUGCUAUGGGACUUGUAUGAUAUAUGGAAGUGGCCAUUAUAACACUUUUGAUGGGAAAUUCUAUGACUUUGAUGGGAGCUGUGAAUAUGUGGCUACUCAGGACUUCUGCGGUGACAAAAAUUCCAGCGGCUCAUUCAGUAUCAUCACAGAGAAUGUCCCUUGUGGAACUACAGGAGUCACCUGCUCAAAGGCUAUCAAAAUGUUCCUAGGGAAAACUGAACUGAAGUUGGAGAACAAAGAGUACAAAGAAAUUCAGCGAGAUGUUGGUGAUGAUGUGCAGUAUUGGAACAGGACAGUUGGCCUGUACCUGGUUAUUGAGGCUAGCAAUGGUGUGAUGCUGAUCUGGGACAAGAAGACUACUAUUUUCAUCAAGCUGAGCCCUGAUUACAAGGGCAAAGUGUGUGGUCUGUGUGGCAACUUUGAUGACAAGGCAAACAAUGACUUUACAACAAGGAGUGGACUGCAGGACAGUAAUCCCCUGAAUUUUGGAAAUUCCUGGAAACAAUCUCCCAUGUGCCCAGAUGUCACACAAGAGAUUAAGCCCUGUGAUCUGAAACCACACCGGAAGUCCUGGGCAGAGAAAGAAUGCAGCAUCAUCCAGAGCGAAGUCUUCAAAAUUUGUCACUCCAAGGUGGACCCACUUCCUUACUAUGAGGCUUGUGUUCAUGAUGCCUGCUCCUGUGACAGUGGUGGGGACUGUGAGUGCUUUUGCUCUGCAGUUGCAGCGUAUGCCCAAGAGUGCAUCAAGGCUGAGGCCUGUGUUUUCUGGAGAACUCCUGAUAUCUGCCCAAUAUUCUGUGACUACUACAACCCUCGCAAUGAGUGUGACUGGCACUACGAGCCUUGUGGCAGUAAUAUCACAACCUGUAGGAUGAUCAAUAAUGUCAGCACCAACUUUACAAUACCACUGCUGGAAGGCUGCUACCCCAGAUGCCCUAAGGACAAGCCCAUUUAUAAUGAAGAGACAAAGCAUUGUGUGACUGAAGAUCAAUGUGGAUGUUACCUCGAGGAUGGAACUCAUGUACUCCCUGGGCAAGAAGUACCCACAAAAGAAAACUGUACAAUAUGUGUCUGUGUCCCAUCAGGAUCCAUACAGUGUAAACCAGUCCCAGGGUGUCCUUGUGUCAUCAAUGGAACAAGUUAUGAAGUAGAUGCUACUGUGGGAGUAGUACAGGAUGGAGACACAUGUAUAAGAUAUGUUUGUGCAGAAAAUGGCUCUGUAGUUCCUGCUGAAGUCUAUCCUUGUCCAACAUCUUCACCUACAACCAUUUCAACCUCCUCCCCUCAUAGUACUCUUACCACCACCACCACCACCACCACCGUUUCCACUACAAGCCGCCCAGUAACUACAACUCCAUGCAUAGUCACAGAACUAAUCUGUGAUUGGACUGAGUGGUUUGAUGUUAGUAAACCUGAAGAAGAUGGUGGUGACUAUGAAACAUAUGAUGAAAUAAGAAAACAUGGAAACAAAAUAUGUACAGCUCCUGAAGAAAUUGAAUGCAGGGCUAAGGAUAAACCUGAUGUUAGCUUAGAAGAACUUGGUCAGAAAGUAGAGUGUAAUGUUAAAUAUGGGCUAAUCUGUAAAAAUGAUGAGCAGGAUGUAACUAUGUGGCCACUUUGCUAUAAUUAUGAAAUCAGAGUAAACUGUUGUGAGUGGCAACAAAAUCCUUGUGAGCCUACAAUUACACCUACUAUACCACAAACUUCCACUUCAACUACCAUCCAGACAACAACCAGCACUUCAACAGAAAUUACCACCAUGCCCAUACACAUCCAUUCCACAACAUCCCCACCUCCACCCACACCAAGCACACCAAAAUCAACAACCACUACCUUGCUGACGGAGACUCCCACCACCACCAGUGCCCCGACAACAACAACCACUGUUACUGGACCACCAACACCCACCUCAACUACUUCAAGCACAUCCUCACCAACACCAACAUACACCACCACCACCACAACUCCAGGUACUUCUCUGGACUGUUCUCUGAUGUGUUCCUUUGCUAUGGGAGAAAUGAAGGUGCCUUGGCCCCUCCUUCAGUGUGUCUCCAUGGGAUUGCAGAUUGGAGGAAUUACUGUUCAUCCCCUGAAGUGCCCUGUGUUCAAAGCUCGUCUUUCAGCCAGCACACCCAGCACAGCAUCUCCUACACCAGAAGUGACACCCACUUCCACGUCAGCAGAGACUCUCACCACCACCACCACCACCACCACCACCACCAGCAGCAGACCAACGACGACAGCAACAACUGUUACACCAACCAUCUCAACUCCUAUAAAAUGUGAGUGCAUCUGGUCGGACUGGAUCGAUGUGACUUACCCGGAUGGUUCUGACAGGAACAGUGGUGACUACGAAACCUUUGAGAACAUUUGGAAGCAAUACCCCUCCUGGGAGUGUGCAAAAGUUGAGAAUAUUUCCUGCCGAGCAGAGAAAUUCCCUAGCUCUUCCAUUGCAGAUUUAGGGCAGAAAGUGGAAUGUAAUGUUAACGUAGGGCUCAUCUGUAACAAUAAAGAUCAGCAGAUAGGAGGUAUAAUACCAAUGCCAGUCUGCCUCAACUACGAGAUCAGUGUCUGCUGCACCCCCAACAAACCAGAGUGUCUUCCAACUCCAAGCACCACGAGCACCACAACUUCCACAGCUUCACCCACAACGAGCAGUGUGUCCCCUCCAAUAUCAACCACCGCUCCAACGACAACAGCAGAGACUCCCAGUUCUACCACCACCACCACCACCACGAUGCCCCCCAGCAGCACCACCACUAGUGGCAGCACCUCACAGACAACAACAACUGUUCCUAUCUCAACAACGCCCGUUUCAACUACUUCAAGCACAUCCACGCCCACACCAACCCACACCACCACCACACCAACUCCAGGCACAACUCCACCCACACCGAGUACACCAAAAUCAACAACCACUACCUCGCCACUGGAGACUACCGCCACCACCACCAGCAGCCCUCCAAGCUCAACAACAACAACCACAACAAUGGUUACUGGAUCACCAACAACCCUCUCAACUCCUGGAAGCACACCUCCAUCCACACCAAGCACAGUAUCCACUACAGCAGAAUCUCCAACCCCUCCCUUGCCACCAGAGACUCCCACCACCACUGCCAGCACCAUGAUGCCCCCCAGCAGCACCACCAGCACUCCAAGCGCGACAACUGUUACUGAAUCACCAACACCCACCUCAACUACUCCAAGCACAUCCACGCCCACACCAAUGUACACCACCAUGACAACAACUCCAGGCACACCUCCAUCCACACCAAGCACAACAAAAUCAACAACUACUACCUCGCCACCAGAGACUACCACCUCCACCACCAGCCCUCCAAGAACAACAACCACUGUUCCUGGAUCAACAACAACCAUCUCAACUCCUCGAACCCCACCUACGAAGACACCGAGCACACCAGAAACACCAGCUACUCCCACUCCGACAGCAUCUGAAUCUCCCAACAUCACUGCCAGCACCACAAUGCCCCCCAGCAGCACCACCAGCAUCAGCACCCCUAGGACAACAACAACAACCGUUACUGGCUCAUCAACAAACUUCUCAACUAUUUCAAGCACAUCCACACCCAUAGCAGAAUAUACAACCACCCUACCAACUCCAGGCACACCCAGCACAGCAUCUCCUACACCAGAAGUGACACCCACUUCCACGUCAGCAGAGACUCUCACCACCACCACCACCACCACCACCACCACCACCAGCAGCAGACCAACGACGACAGCAACAACUGUUACACCAACCAUCUCAACUCCUAUAAAAUGUGAGUGCAUCUGGUCGGACUGGAUCGAUGUGACUUACCCGGAUGGUUCUGACAGGAACAGUGGUGACUACGAAACCUUUGAGAACAUUUGGAAGCAAUACCCCUCCUGGGAGUGUGCAAAAGUUGAGAAUAUUUCCUGCCGAGCAGAGAAAUUCCCUAGCUCUUCCAUUGCAGAUUUAGGGCAGAAAGUGGAAUGUAAUGUUAACGUAGGGCUCAUCUGUAACAAUAAAGAUCAGCAGAUAGGAGGUAUAAUACCAAUGCCAGUCUGCCUCAACUACGAGAUCAGUGUCUGCUGCACCCCCAACAAACCAGAGUGUCUUCCAACUCCAAGCACCACGAGCACCACAACUUCCACAGCUUCACCCACAACGAGCAGUGUGUCCCCUCCAAUAUCAACCACCGCUCCAACGACAACAGCAGAGACUCCCAGUUCUACCACCACCACCACCACCACGAUGCCCCCCAGCAGCACCACCACUAGUGGCAGCACCUCACAGACAACAACAACUGUUCCUAUCUCAACAACGCCCGUUUCAACUACUUCAAGCACAUCCACGCCCACACCAACCCACACCACCACCACACCAACUCCAGGCACAACUCCACCCACACCGAGUACACCAAAAUCAACAACCACUACCUUGCUGCCAGAGACUUCCAACACCACCAGCGCCCUGAUGACAACAACCACUGUUACUGGACCACCAACGCCCACCUCAACUACUUCAAGCACAUCCUCACCAACACCAACAUACACCACCACCACACCAACUCCAGAGACACUUGAACCAGAGACAACAAAGACAAGCACUCCAGUUACUCCUUCAACUACCCCACUGCCAACAACAAGAACAACAGAAAUAAGUACAGUGUCUACUGCAAACACCACUAGCCAACAGUCAACAUCACCAGUGUCAACAAGCCCAGUGACAGCUACCACCUCUGAAGUCACUGAAACAGGAUCAACCACCAAGACCACCACUUCCGGCCCCACGCCCUCAAGAUCCACCAGCACCACACCAGUAACAGAAACACCUUUCCAUGAGACCACUACCACCAGGACCUCAAGCCAUCCAAUAGGAUUAUCUACCACCACUUCCACCCCUGGCACCACCACAACCUCCGGACCAAGCAGCCCUACAGGAACACAACCACCAGUAUCAACAACCCCAUUCACUGGAACAGGAUCAACCACCAAGACCACCACUUCAGGCCCCACACCCUCAGUGUCCACUCCACUCACCACCACAGUAGGAACAGAAACAAGCACCCCAAUGACAACCUCUGCAACUGUUACUACUCCAACAUCACCUACAUCAGCCAGCCCUGUGUCAACCACCACCUCUGGUACUACUCCAACACAAAGCUUUACCACCACUUCAGGAACCACCUCUAGUAGUUUUAUCACAAUCAACACAACAACCACCAUCUCCACCACCUUCAAAACCUUUCCCCCCGUCUCAACUACUACAUCUGGGCCUACUACAAUAUCAACUGCAGUCACCACUACAGGAAGCUCUACACACAGUGCAACUCCUCCAGUUAAUGGCUCAAGUUCAACUACAGGUCUAACACCAACCACUGCUAAAAAAACUUGUACUAUUUUCCCUAAUGAAACUUAUGAGCAAGGUGACUCAUGGAUACUCUGUAACUGCACUAAGGUUAUAUGUAUAGAAGACAACAUUGUCCAGGUGAUUCCAAUAAUCUGCAAUCCACCCCCAAAACCCACGUGUGCCAAUGGACUGUCUCCUGUGCCAGUCAUGGAUAAAGAUGGAUGCUGUUGGCACUGGGAGUGUGAUUGCUACUGCACUGGCUGGGGAGAUCCACAUUACAUGACUUUUGAUGGACUGUACUACAGCUAUCAAGGGAAUUGUACAUAUGUCCUUGUGGAAGAGAUCAAUAAGAAAGUUGACAACUUUGGUGUCUACAUUGAUAACUACCAUUGUGAUACACGGGAUGUAGUGUCCUGUCCUCGAACACUAAUUGUGAGACAUGAGACUCAGGAAGUGAGACUGACAACAGCACAACCAAAUACUCUACAAGUAGAGGUGACAGUAAACAACCAGCUUGUGGCUUUGCCUUAUAAGAAGUUUGGUGUGAGCAUCUACGAAUCAGGCAUAAAUCGUGUUGUGGAAAUUCCUGAGCUGAAAAUGAACGUGACCUACAAUGGCUUGUCCUUUUCUAUCAGAAUGCCCUACAGCCUGUUUGGCAACAAUACCCAGGGACAGUGUGGUACUUGCAAUAACAACACGGCAGAUGACUGCAUGCUGCCAAAUGGAAACAUUGCAGAAAACUGUGAAACCAUGGCAGAUCAUUGGCAAGUUGUUGAUCCUUCCAAACCACAGUGCUCUCCAGGCCUAGUUCCUACAGGUUCACCUAGCACAACACCAACACAACCUUGCAAAGAAUCUUCCAUCUGCGAGCUUCUUUUGGGAAGUGUGUUCAAGCCAUGCCAUGCAUUUGUCCAGCCUGAGAAGUACUAUGCAGCCUGUGUUUUUGAUAGCUGCGUACUUCCCAACCUAGAUCUGGAAUGCUCAAGUCUGCAGAUCUAUGCUGCCAUCUGUGCUGAUCAAGGCGCAUGCAUUGACUGGAGAAAAUAUACCAAUGGUGUAUGCUGUAAGUAUCAAUGUCCUUCAGGUAAAGAAUACAGAGCAUGUGGUCCUAUUAAAGAGAUGACCUGCAAAUCAAGAGGACAGAAUGAGACAUCAACUAAACAAGUGGAAGGCUGUUUCUGUCCUAAUGGAACCAUGUUGUAUGACUCUGGUGUGGAUGUCUGCGUGAAAACCUGUGGCUGUGUUGGAGUGGAUAUGAUACCAAGAGAGUUUGGAGAAAAGUUUACAGUGGACUGUCAGGACUGUAUUUGCCUGGAAGGGGAACAUGGCAUUGUAUGUGAGCCUCAUGUAUGUGAACAAAAGAAGGUCACUUGUGAUGGAGAAGGCUUCUAUGAGGUCAAUGAAGUCAAUCCUAAAGACUCCUGCUGCCCUCUUUUCACUUGCAAAUGCAAUACAAGCUUGUGCACAGCUAAAGCCCCCAAGUGCUCACUGGGAUUUGAAGUUCAUUCUUAUAUUCCCAGUGGUCAGUGCUGUCCUGUAUACCAAUGUGUUCCCAAGGGGGUUUGCGUACAUGAGAAUGCUGAGUUCUUGCCCAACUCCUCAGUCUUUGUUGACAAGUGUCGGAAUUGUGUCUGCACGAAUGAUAUUAAUGUCAGCACUCAACUGAAUAUCAUCUCCUGUGAACAUGUCCCCUGCAACACAAAAUGUCAACCAGGAUAUGAACUUAAACCAGUGAAAGGUGAAUGCUGUGGAAAAUGUGUGCAGACCAAGUGUAUUAUACACACAGUAGAAAAUUCUGAACUCAUCUUGAGUCCUGGAGACUUUAAAAAUGAUCCUCACAACAACUGCACCAUUUAUAGCUGUGUAAAUAGUCAUGACCAGCUUAUCGCUUCCACAUCUGAGAUUACCUGUCCAGCAUUCAAUGAGGAGAGCUGCAAACCUGGAACUAUUUCAUUCUUACCUAACGGUUGUUGCAGAACCUGUGCCCCUCUGGACAGCCGCACACCAUGCUCUGUGCGCCACAGAAAAGACUUUAUUGUCUACAAUGGCUGCCGCUCUGUGGACAGAGUUGACUUGACUGAAUGUGAAGGAACAUGUGGAACCUUCUCGCUAUACUCUGCUGAGGCCAAUUCUAUGGACCACAGCUGCUCCUGCUGCAGAGAAACAAGCGCCACUGAGAAGCACGUGGUUCUGAAAUGCCCCGGUGGGCACUCGGUGUCACACAAGUACCUCUAUGUGGAGAGCUGCAGCUGUCAAGACACUGAAUGCCAGGCCACAGUCCAGUGAGCUGCAGAACAAUGAAGAAAAUGACAAGGCGAGAACCCCAAACCGGAUCAAGAGAGCCAUCAGCCUAACAUCAAAAUGUAGGCAAAAAAACCCUGGCAUCAUUAAUUAAAAAGACUGUGAACCAUUCUUAGCUUCCUUGACUACUUUUGAACUUUACUUUUCCCAGUAACUGCAUCCUGUUUGUUCUCUAAUUAAAUAACUGUGCCCUAUUUAUUUGUGAACAAAAUAAGAACACAAAUAUGUAUGCUUACA